GGAAGUUGUUGUGGCUGUGAUCGGGCGCGGUGGACCCGGGCGGCGCGAUGUCGGCCAGCGCCGUCUACGUGCUGGACCUGAAGGGGAAGGUUCUUAUCUGUCGAAAUUACCGUGGGGAUGUGGACAUGUCAGAGGUGGAGCAUUUUAUGCCAAUCCUUAUGGAAAAGGAAGAAGAGGGAACACUUUCUCCUAUUCUAGCGCAUGGAGGAGUUCGUUUCAUGUGGAUUAAACAUAACAAUCUCUAUCUUGUUGCAACUUCUAAGAAGAAUGCUUGUGUAUCACUGGUAUUUUCAUUUUUAUAUAAAGUAGUUCAGGUUUUUUCUGAAUAUUUCAAGGAGUUGGAAGAAGAGAGCAUUAGAGAUAAUUUUGUUAUUAUUUAUGAGUUGUUAGAUGAGCUUAUGGAUUUCGGUUACCCACAAACCACUGAUAGUAAAAUCUUACAAGAGUACAUCACUCAGGAAGGUCACAAACUUGAAACUGGAGCUCCACGUCCACCUGCCACUGUUACAAAUGCUGUUUCAUGGAGAUCAGAAGGGAUAAAAUAUAGGAAGAAUGAAGUGUUCCUGGAUGUUAUAGAGUCUGUUAACCUUUUGGUCAGUGCCAAUGGAAAUGUAUUACGGAGUGAAAUAGUUGGAUCCAUUAAAAUGAGAGUCUUUCUUUCGGGAAUGCCAGAGCUCCGCCUUGGUUUAAAUGACAAAGUUCUCUUUGAUAACACAGGCCGUGGCAAAAGUAAAUCAGUAGAACUGGAAGAUGUGAAGUUCCAUCAGUGCGUUCGUCUCUCUCGCUUUGAAAAUGACAGGACGAUUUCUUUCAUUCCACCUGAUGGAGAGUUUGAGCUCAUGUCAUAUCGUCUCAAUACCCACGUAAAGCCACUGAUCUGGAUUGAGUCUGUGAUUGAAAAACAUUCCCACAGCCGCAUCGAAUACAUGAUCAAGGCAAAAAGUCAGUUUAAGCGAAGGUCGACUGCCAACAAUGUGGAGAUUCACAUUCCAGUUCCAAAUGAUGCAGACUCACCAAAGUUUAAAACCACUGUUGGAAGUGUCAAAUGGGUUCCAGAGAACAGUGAAAUUGUCUGGUCCAUUAAAUCUUUUCCAGGUGGAAAAGAAUAUCUCAUGAGAGCUCACUUUGGACUUCCAAGUGUUGAAGCUGAAGACAAGGAAGGGAAACCUCCCAUUAGUGUCAAAUUUGAGAUUCCAUAUUUCACCACUUCAGGAAUCCAGGUUCGAUACUUAAAGAUAAUUGAGAAGAGUGGCUAUCAAGCUCUCCCAUGGGUUCGUUACAUUACCCAGAAUGGAGACUACCAGCUUCGAACACAGUAGGACACCUUGCAGGCACCACAGAUGACAACACUUCAGGCCUAGGACUUGUUUGCAGAAGCUUCUGUGGUACUGAGAGCUGCGAAUGUUGUUGCCAAGGGUCUUGUUUCUGCAAACUUGGAUUGGGCGAGAGAAAGAUGGGAAAUUUACCAUUUUCAAUAAUGUGUUUGAGCAUUUGAACCAUUAGUAUUGAUUGUGUGAAUAUUUAUUUCAUUCUUAGAACAUGCUGAUCUUGCUGCUAAAUGCUAAUUACAUUAGUAGUAGCCAUUACCCUGAGGAGCCAGGAAUACAGAACGAACCUUGAGAAUGUCUUGUCAAUGCCUUGUCCAUUGUAUUCACAAAGUUUUUAGUGUUCAUACUUUAGGAUCUUUAAAGAUGUUGGUAGUGUUACCCAACAAAAUAGGGAGACAAUUGUGCAAUUACAUGACUGCUUAACAGUGAGUUGUAUUUAGCCCAAGGUAUUUAUUAUUUUUGUUCCAGGCAUAUGGGUGCCUUAACUCAUUCAGAGUUCUGUUAACUUAUGACAUUUUACAAAAUCUGAGUUAAAAGUAUCAGGAGUCCAAAAAUACUCUUUGCUCUUCUUUGCAUGGAGUCAAACCAAUUCAUCUGACAGAACAAGCUGUGGGUUUAUGUAUAAAUAAGUAGGUGUGUUGGAGGCAAAGAUGUCUGAGAACAAGAGAUUGUGGGAAGUGUCUGUGGGAGCAUCUGUGUGGAAGCAUGGUAAUGAUUGCUAGUUCACAUGAGCUGAGGUGCACACUGAAGAGUUUCAACCCUGUUAUACUCCUUGGGUGUGAAAACCCUACACCAAUUAACUACUGUUUGCUUUUUCUUUAUUUGUAAUACAAAUACAAAACUAUAAAGUACAAGUCUUUAGAUUAAUUAAAAAAAAAGACUGAUUUUUUGGAGGCCAUAAAAUCUGGUGGGAAGACUUCAUAAUUUUCUUUAUAAUUAUCCCCCUUCCUAGAUAAGUGAUGUAAUCUUGCCUAUUCUUGACAGUUGAUUGUUGUUUACAGAGAAGCUGAUGGAAAUACCAUUACUGUUCUUCAGGCUUACCUUCUUCAUUUAGGAUAAAUCUCUUUUUUUUUUUUCUUUUUUUUUUUUGCUGUAACUUGCCAGAAUUGCUUAACUCUAUUUGCCCUGAAGAGGUUGCUGUCUUUGUCUCCUCCAUUUGUAAGCAAUUAUUCUUAGAACUUUCUGGCAGAAUGGACAACAGGUGAGGAUGUUAUAUGUAAAGGUAUUAUUUUUUUUUUAUAUGCUGUUUCAUUUUUCUGAGAAGCUGAGGUUCAUUUGGGUGUACAUACUUGGAUUUCAGAAAAAGAAACUAACAGCUAUCAGUAUUUUCUUUGAACAGGUUUUGGAAUGGUUUGGUUUGAAUUUAGUACUCGAGACAGGUGCUAAGUUUAAGCCAUUCAAAGCUAAAGAUGUGAUGCAUACACUGUGUGCAAGGUUCUCCACACUACUUUCUUGACGGUUCUUGACUCUCCCAUAAGGUUGAAAAGAUAUUGUCCCCACUAAAUCCUUGUAGACUAUAUAUCUACCUUUGUAUACAGUAUAUAUGAUUAGUAAAAUAAAUCAUCCGAGUUCCCCUGAAAUGCAGCUGCUGUAAUGUUACAGAAGGGUCAGUCUCAGAAGUGACGGACGGCUGGAGGUGCUGUGCAGCAGCAAGGCACUGAGCUGGCUGGGCUGUGCUCGGCGUGGACAUGUAUUUUCUGGGGUAAGAUGACUGUAUUUGUCACCCCAACAAGCUUGAUAUUGAAACAAAUCAUCUUGUUCAAGGUUUUGGUUCCACUGCUCAUUUUCAUUUGAACCAUUGAGCUUAUGACUGGACUAAACAUUUUAUAUUAAAACUGUAACUGGUUGACAAAUCACUUUACCUGAUGGUUCCGUUCUUCACAAUGUUUAUUCUCAUUAUUUGCCUGUAAAAUGUGACUCAAAAGCUCCAUUUGUUUUCCUGUUGAAGGAUGUAUCUUGUAGACCAGUGUUUUUCUUAUAUUUUGCAGCAGUUUGAGUUGGCUUUGGUGAGGUAUCAGCCCUACCUGUCCAGGAGGUAAUAAAGGACAAAAAAACUUUGAA